AUGCUCAUUGGCUAGUCCCUGUCGACAAGAAAAAUAUGAUCGCGCAGCGUUUCUAUUUCGGCACGUACCCCGACCCAGAGAAACACGGACAUACAAAAGGGUGAAGAAAACGAUGUGACUCAACGGUAUUGUUGUACCGCAAACACUUUUUGCUAGAAUUAAAGUAUUAUUUAUAAGAACAUGAAAUAGCCGUUGUUAGUUCGAAGUGGGUGGUGCUAGCAGGCUACUGUACAGCAGUUGCAACGAGACGAGGUGCAGUGCACACCUCCCCCACAAGUCUAGCCGCUGUCACUUCCAUUUCACCGGUGUGUUUUGGUUCGAUAGGCGGUGCGCGCUGACAAUUUGUCAAUCCGUUGUCGACACUAAAUAGACGGGUUGUGAUCGAUGGCGAAACCAGAACCAGCCCAGCAACAUGUGGAGGAGAAAGCGGAGCAGAUUGACGACGCAGAGUUGGCAUUUAAAGGAAUAAACAUGCUGCUCAACAACGGAUUCAAGGAGAGCGACGAUCUGUUCAGAAAAUACAGGACCCACAGUCCACUGAUGAGUUUCGGAGCCAGUUUUGUCAGCUUUCUGAAUGCCAUGAUGACGUUUGAGGAGGAGAAGAUGCAGAUGGCCUUUGAUGACCUCCGAGCCACUGAGAGACUGUGUGAGAGCGACAACACUGGGGUCAUAGAGACCAUCAAAAAAAAGAUCAGGAGGAGUGACUCCCAGAGGUCAGGGGUGGCAAUAGUAGACCGUCUCCAGAGACAGAUCAUUGUGGCAGACUGCCAGGUGUACCUCGCUGUCCUCUCUUUCAUCAAACAGGAACUCUCAUCAUACAUCAGAGGAGGCUGGAUCCUCCGCAAAGCCUGGAAGAUGUACAACAAGUGUUAUAGCGACAUCAGCCAGCUGCAGGAUUGCAGCAAGAGGAGGUCCUCCGACCAGCAAGGGUCUCCCUCUCCAUCCACUGAACAGGCCAACUGCAACCACGCCACGCCCCCAACCCAGAUGACCAAUGGGGUGAGCCCGGAGGCCCUGGAGAGGCUCAAGGGCUCGGUCAGUUUUGGCUACGGCCUGUUCCACCUGUGCAUCUCCAUGGUACCGCCACACCUGCUGAAGAUCGUCAACCUUCUGGGUUUCCCUGGCGACCGCCACCAGGGGCUGUCCGCCCUUACGUAUGCCAGUGAAAGUAAGGACAUGAAGGCCCCCCUAGCUACGUUGGCCCUCUUGUGGUACUAUACGGUAGUGCAACCCUUUUUUGCCCUGGACGGCUCAGACACACAGGCCGGCCUGAUGGAGGCUAAGGCUAUCCUCCAGAGGAAGGAGCCUGUAUACCCUAACUCCUCCCUCUUCUUGUUCUUCAAGGGCAGGGUGCAGCGCCUGGAGUGCCAGAUCAACAGUGCCUUGAUGUCCUUCCAAAAUGCCUUGGAGCUGGCUACAGACCAGAGGGAGAUCCAGCAUGUGUGUUUGUAUGAAAUAGGGUGGUGCAGUAUGAUCGAGCUGAGGUACAGUGACGCCUACAGGGCCUUUCAGCGUCUGGCAACUGAGUCACGCUGGUCCCAGUGCUACUACGCCUACCUAACUGGAGUGUCCCAAGGAGCAUCAGGAGAUCUGGAGGGGGCUGCCGUUGUCUUCAAGGAUGUGCAUACGCUUCUGAAACGGAAGAACAAUCAGAUAGAACAGUUCUCUAUGAAGAGGGCAGAGAGACUAAGGAAACACUCCCCAUCCAGAGAGCUGUGUGUCCUGGCUGUGAUCGAGGUACUUUACCUGUGGAAGGCUCUGCCGAACUGCUGCACCUCUAAGCUACAGAUCAUGAGCCAAGUUCUGCAGGAACUAGAUGACGUCUCAAUUGCUGGCCUGAAAAACCUGCUUCUUGGUGACAUACACAGAUGUCUCGGCAACAUAAAAGACGCCAUUGAGUGCUUCCAUCUGGCUGCCAGAGAUGAGGUGGGUCGUCAGAACAACUCCUAUGUGCAGCCCUACUCCUGCUACGAGUUGGGCUGUGUUUUACUGGACAGCCCUGAGUCUGAAGCGAAGGGCAGAGAUCUGAUGCUUCAGGCCAAGGAUGACUUUGCUGGCUAUGACUUUGAGAACAGGCUCCAUGUACGCAUCCACUCAGCUCUGGCUUCCAUGAGGAAGGAGGUGGCCCCACCUUGACUACUGCCCCAUUCCUCCACCAUACAUCCACCCUAGCUCUGCGUUGAGGGUAGAAGGAUCUGGAAACAACUCCAGAUGCCAUCUUGAUCUUCACUGUGAUGGUUCACUGCAAUGUGUUUGUUUCAGUUGACUUAUGUUUGUAUAAUGAAUGUGCCAUCAAGUUUGUAAUGCGUAGUUUACAGUAAAUCUCCUGGAGGGAUAGUGCAGACUACUGGAGUGUAAUCAUGUGUGUUUCAACCAGAUCAAAUAUGUACAGUAGUUGCUGCUGGGAGGCAAAUGUAACUCUUUUUACCAAGGAAAAAUAUAUUGGGGGAAAAUCUGUCAGUGAGACAGCAGGUAGUCUAAUGGUUAAGAGUGUUGGGCCAGUAACUGAAAGGUUUCUGGUUCAAAUCCCUGUGCCGACUAUGUGAAACAUCUGUCGACAUGCCCUUGAGCAAGGCUUUAACCCAAUUGCUCCUGUACGUCGCAUUGGAUACGAGCGUCUGCUAAAUGGCUAAAAUGUGAAUAGUACAAUAAUAUCUUUCUCCCAAAAGAUAUGAAAGGGUUCUGAUUGAAAACUCUGUAUGCCACUUCAUUAUAAAGCAGUGAACUUGUGCCAUAGAAACCCUACUGUCUAGGUUUCUGCCAGAUGACCUCAAAGUCCUGUUGCCCUUACAGUAGUAAACAAUCUGAAUGCACAAUCCCUGUGCUACUACUCAUCACCUGGCCAUUGUCACUGUAAAUUGACCUUAGGUUAUAGACAUUGUGAAUCCAUUAAAGAUGGUAAUAUAAGCAGAUUUCCUCAAACAUGUUACAACGUUGUUACUUAAAAAAAAAAAAUGUUUUUACUGGUUUUAAUAACAGGUCUAUUGACAUUGAAAGGGAAAACCCCUAUUCAUAUCACUGUAAAUAUACUUUAAUACUAUAGAUAUGGUACUAGCUAAAUGACAUUGUCCUUUUGGCACUCACUUAUGUGUACUUGUAUUUGCUGGAGACUGGUUUUCCUUUGUUGCUGUGUUUUUUAUGUAUAAGAUCAUGUGUUAAAACAAUACAUCUCUUAAAUCUAUGGCCAUUUUAUUUCCAUAAUGUGUUUUAAGAUGCAUGUAGUCUCAUGAUUGAUUUAUUUGUUAGGGACUACAUCUCAAUUAACAUUUCUGUAAAUGGCAGAUUUGGCUAGUUUUCAUCUGUAGCUUAGUUCUUUGGCAGUUAGUGAUUUUUUUUAAAUAUAUUUUUUUAUCACUAAGAGGCUUUAAAAGAAUAGAAGCAAUACAUUUUAAUUAGUUAUGAAAUAAUGAUUGACUGGUGUUCAGGCAGGCCUUCAGGUGCUUUAGCGUUGAAAGUUAAAUCAACCCUUGCCAAAAGUGAUAGAACUGUCCAUAUUAUUUGAUAUGAUAACUUGGCAGGUAACCUAUAUCUGAUAUGCCUCGUUUAAAACAACUGGUAACUCAUUAGCAGUUAAAUGCCUCAUCCGCGGAGAGUGUUGAAUAUUCAGACGGGAUUCAAGGAUUUGAUUGAGGGAAUGAGCAAGGCUGUGGUCAAGUUGCAACCAGAAACUAUUCCUGCCUUCACAGCGGUCUUCUUCAGAGACGGUAGGCUAUUCUGUGCUUGAAUUCUAGUAGACCACAGUAGUCUGAUGCAUGUAACACUUCGAAACAUAUGAUUAUUGACCUAAUCACUUUGCAUUGUUUCACAGAGAAACCAAGCAUGCCUAUUGAUGAUCUUUUGAAACAAUGAGAGCCUUUGGGGCCCUGAAUUCUAAGUAACUUUUUCUCAUCAGCUGUCAUGCUGCUUGUUGUUGUUGGUGGUGUUAUUGUUUAUCAAAACGGGUCAAUCAAUUAUAAUUAUAUCACGGUUGGAUUUCCAAACUGGCAUGCAGGGUAUGUGUCCCAAGCAAAAUCAGUUCCUUUUAGUUUCAUCUUGUAAAUCAUAAUCUGCUUUUAAUGCUGCCCCUGGGGAUGGGUUAAAUGUGGGAGACACAUUUUGGUUGAAUGCAUUCAGUUGUGCAUCUGACAAGGUAUCCCCUUUCCAGUCUACAUGAACAAGAAUAAGGCUGUAAAAACGAAGUACAGUUGUGUUCCAGGCUGAUCCCCAAUUGGCUGAGAACACAGUCCCUGUUAAUCUGAUUUGUCCCUCUCCUUCUGCAAUGAGAGUGGAAAUCCAAUCUUCCAUGCUGGCUUGUCCCCCUACUGUUGCAACUGUGGAGACACAAUCCUCCAAUCUGAUUUGUCCUUCUGUGGUCACAGUGGAAACCGAAUUGGCCAAUAUGCUAUCUCCCUACUGCAGUGACUGAUGACAUCAUGGCCCAUGUUUUUGUGUGCCUUCCUGUUGUGUCACUAGAGGAGACAAGCAUCCCCAGUGUGCAGCUCCCACAGCCCGCUACUGCCUUAACAGAGGAAACUCAGUCCCAGUCUGCUCCACCAUGCCUACCCACCUUCACGCCCACAGGAGACACCAGAACCUCCUUCCUAGUCUACCUUUCACUGCCUGCUCCAGAGCUGGCCAACACCCCCAGUCUGGUGUGCCAACUGUGCCUGGGACCAGAGGGAAAGAGCCUCCCUUUCCUGUCUGUCCCUAUGACCUCAGCCGACAUUCCCAGGGCCCCAAGUCUUGUAGCUUCCAGCCCGGCUCCAGCUCAGACUGCGGCUUCGGCUGCUGUUUCAGAGAUACCAAGGACCCCAUGUUUUGUGACCAACCUCCCUGGAGUGACAGAUAUCCCCAGAGCAACGAGUUAUGUAGCAGCUGGAGCUCAGGUGCUAGCCCAGGAGCCACUGAUGGCCCCCAGCUAUGUUGCUAAUACCGCUGGAGUCCAGGAGUCACCGAGCAGGAGCCUUAUUAAGGGCCCCUGUUUGGUGUGCCGUCCCUUCUCCCUGUAUCCCCAGGGAGCGCCUGGGAUUGGCCACAGUACCCACUCCCCAGGGUAAUGACAGCCUGCUGCUGCAGAGACACAGGACAUGGCUCUGCCCAACCAUGGACUGCAGACUAACUUCAUGCCCCAGUGUUUUCACAGGCCCAGUGAGACAUUUCAGUGCGUUCAUUUAAUGUUCAAAUCAUUGCACUGUCAGUAGAUUUUAGUUGUAAAGUAUAUUGUAAAAGAAAUCUGAGCUAUACAUUUGUUGGUUCAUAUCUGUACACGUGAUUCAUCUAUAGGUUUUACCUUAAUAUUUCAGACAUGAUAUACUGGGGGAUAUUUGUGAGACUUCCAUCAUGUCUUAUGGUUUCUCUCUUUCCCUGUCUAUCUCCUCAGGCAUGUGUAGCAGCCUCAGUGGGACCAGCAGCCACUGGCACCUCUUCCACCUGACUGGGUCUGAGUCCCAGUGCAGGAUGGGUGGCAUGAUCUGCCCCUACCAGACCUCCAAGACCAUGAUGCACUAUAACUCCCUGGGGCAGAACAUCCCCAUGUACUAGGACUGUGGCCAGUACUCUGGCAUCUGCUGCCAUCCCACUCCUUGUCCCACGGCAGCCUGCAAACCGACCACAUGGCUGAGCCCCAUUGCCCUGCUCACAAACUGGGCACCUCAGCCCCAAUCGUGCUACUCUGACCCAGUCUUCCACCUCCCCCAGCAGUACCGCCUGGGGGAAAUCCCCUUCCAGGUGAGGCAGCAGACCCAGGGGCUGCAGCAGCGCCACAGCUCCCUGCUCUUAUGUGGGCACCAGGAGGAACUCAAAGGGUGGGCUCCUCACGCUGGGUCCCUGUCACCAACGUGGGACCGAACCAGGGAGGGUUACAGCAGAAGGACAGCAUCCGCAGAUGUGAAUCGCUUCACAACAAAGGAUCAGCCACACACUCCAACAACAAUCAAGAUAGAUAAAUGUGUUGCCGCUAUGAAAUGUAUGGUUGUUAUUUUUUGUUUAUAUAUUGAUGAAUUUCAUCCAUGACUACCACGUAUGUAGGAACAUAAACUUAUGGUAUUAGAAGUGGUUGAAGAAGCUGUGUUAUGAUGUUGUUAUAUAUGGACUCUUUUUUUUUCUUGCCACAGGCUGUUAGGAACUACAAUCCCCAGAGCAACCAAUCCUGUCUUUACAUGAGAAGGACCUACUUUUUGUAGUUGCCAAGAUGGUAAUACUCAAUAAAGAUAUUUAAUUCCUGCAUUGCAUGAAUUAUCUGUA